AUGCUGCUGUGCUCGGUCAACGACAAGAGAUGGACAAAAGAAAACACCAGUCAGCCAGCUAGCCCAAACCAAACCAAAACGUACUGAUGUUAUCCUCUGUGGUUCUUUUAAGCCUUGCUGCAGUGGAGCUAAACUGACCACCCAUUCCUAUGGAGAUAAAAGAGAACUGGGCUCAUGAGGAUUGCUGGGCUCACACAAAGUGGGACAUCCACCAACGCCAGCACCAGGCACUGGAGUACAGAUAACACUACUGCUACCACCACCGUAAGAGAAGGACCAUUAAGUGAGGGCCAGCCAACGUUCCCUUCAGCAGGGAGACAGUCAAGGGCAGGAGACACAGGAGUCCUACUGGCAGACAGGAGUUGGAGACAGCCAGCACCAGCUCCUCCUAAGCUAAACCAUGAUCCCCAUCACUGAGCUGCGUUACUUCGUAGACUGCCAGCCUGCCUACCGCAUCCUAAAACCAUGGUGGGACGUCUUCACCGAUUAUAUCUCCAUCGUCAUGCUCAUGAUCGCUGUGUUUGGGGGGACGCUGCAGGUCACCCAGGACAAGAUGAUUUGCCUGCCCUGCAAGUGGGUGGUCAACCAGACCUGCAGGAGGUCUUUCAACGCAUCUUUGUCGGCCCCGCUGUUUUUGGAGCCCAAAGGGAUCCAAUACAAUCUGGACCGGCACCAGUACAACUACGUAGAUGCCGUUUGCUACGAGAACCGCCUGCACUGGUUUGCCAAGUACUUCCCCUACCUAGUUCUAUUGCACACACUCAUCUUCCUGGCGUGCAGCAACUUCUGGUUCAAGUUCCCCCGGACCAGCUCCAAACUGGAGCACUUUGUGUCGAUUCUGCUGAAGUGCUUCGACUCUCCCUGGACCACCCGGGCCCUGUCUGAGACAGUGGUGGAGGAGAGCGAUCCCAAGCCCAUGAAGAUGAAUGGCUCUAUGGACAAGAAGGCGUCAAGCGUCAGCGAGGACGUGGAGGCCAGCGUCCCCAUGCUCCAGAGGACCAAGUCACGCCUGGAGCAGGGUAUCGUGGAUCGCACCGAGACCGGCGUCCUGGACAAGAAAGAAGGCGAACAGGCCAAGGCCCUGUUUGAAAAAGUGAAGAAGUUCCGCUUGCACGUGGAAGAGGGGGACAUCGUGUACAGGCUCUACAUCCGGCAGACCAUAAUCAAAGUCAUCAAGUUCAUUCUGAUCAUCUGCUACACGGGUUAUUACGUGCACAACAUCCAGUUCAGCGUAGACUGCAGCGUGAACAUUGAGAGCCUCACGGGUUACAGGAUGUACCGGUGCGCUCACCCACUGGCCACGCUGUUCAAGAUCCUCGCCUGCUUCUACAUCAGCCUGGUGGCAGUGUAUGGCUUCAUCUGUGUCUACACCCUCUCCUGGAUGCUGCGCCGCUCACUUAAGAAGUACUCCUUCGAGUCCAUACGAGAGGAGAGCAGCUAUAGCGACAUACCGGACGUGAAGAAUGACUUCGCCUUCAUGCUGCACAUGAUCGACCAGUAUGACCCACUGUACUCCAAGCGCUUCGCCGUUUUCCUGUCCGAGGUGAGCGAGAACAAGCUGCGCCAGCUUAACCUGAACAACGAGUGGACCCUGGACAAGCUGAGGCAGAGGAUCACCAAGAACUCCCAGGAGAAACUGGAGCUGCACCUGUUCAUGCUCAGCGGAAUUCCAGACACCGUGUUUGACCUGAUGGAGCUGGAGGUGCUGAAGCUGGAGCUCAUCCCAGACAUCACAAUCCCUCCCAUCAUCGCCCAGCUGGUCAACCUGAAGGAGAUGUGGCUGUACCACACCCCGGCCAAGAUCGAGGCCCCGGCUCUGGCCUUCCUCAGGGAGAACCUCAAGUCCCUCCACAUCAAGUUCACGGAUAUCAAGGAGAUCCCUCUGUGGAUCUAUAGUUUGAAGAACCUGAGCGAGCUGCAUCUGACCGGGAACCUGAGCGCAGAGAACAACCGAUAUAUUGUUAUUGAUGGGCUACGGGAGCUGAAAAGGCUCAAGGUUCUCCGGCUGAAGAGCAACCUGACCAAGCUACCUCAGGUGGUAACGGAUGUGGGGGUGCACCUCCAGAAGCUGUCGGUCAACAACGAGGGCACCAAGCUGAUGGUGCUCAACAGCCUGAAGAAGAUGGUAAACCUGACUGAGCUGGAGCUUAUCCGCUGUGACCUAGAGCGCAUCCCGCACUCCAUCUUCAGCCUGCACAACCUGCAGGAGAUUGACCUUAAGGACAACAACCUGAAGACCAUUGAGGAGAUCAUCAGUUUCCAGCACCUGCACCGACUGGUUUGCCUUAAACUCUGGUACAACCAGAUCGCCUACAUUCCCAUCCAGAUUGGCACACUUAAUAACCUGGAGAGGCUCUAUCUGAACAGGAACAAAAUCGAUAAGAUCCCCAGCCAGCUGUUUUACUGUCGUAAGCUGCGGUUCUUGGAUCUGAGCCACAACAACCUCACCUACAUCCCAGCGGACGUGGGGUACCUCCAGAACCUCCAGUACCUAGCUGUCACAGCGAACCGAAUCGAGACCCUGCCCAACGAGCUGUUCCAGUGUAAGAAGCUCCGUACCCUGAACCUGGGGAACAACUGCCUGACGUCUCUGCCGUCGCGCUUUGGGGAGCUGACCGGGCUCACUCAGCUUGAGCUGAGGGGGAACAGGCUGGAGUGUCUGCCCGUGGAGCUGGGGGAUUGCAGGCAGCUGAAGAGGACAGGCCUGGUGGUCGAGGAGGACCUGUUCAACACCCUGCCCACCGAGGUGAAGGAGCAGCUGUGGAAGGUGGACAAGGAGACGGCUUGAGCGGUCGUAAAGAGCUGAACGCGAACUCCGUCGAAGCGGAUGCGAGACACAAGCCCGGAGGACGGGGAGGACCACGCGGACCCAGAUAGCUCCCCAACGGAGCUAGCCCUGCUUAUUCUGAGUGUGCUCUUCUGCCUGGCUGCCCUUCAGGGGUGUCGACUCUACCGUCCUGUCGCCAUGUUACUUAUUUUAUCCAGAUUGUUGUUUUAAGUCUACAUUGGUAUAGUUUUAAACAAAAUUUUAACAGGGGCAUUAAUGAGAAGCUGUUAAUGUUACCAGAUGUGUGUGCUUUAAAUAAGAGAAUUUGAGAUGUAAUUUCGACUGUUGCAUGUGACAUUUCAAAAAAGAUGCUAACGCUACAUUUUUGGAAGAGGAAAGACUUGAAUAAUUAGCCAGCAGAUGCUUUUUCUGCAGGCAGGCAGUGUUCUUGUCAUUCAGACAGGGUAUAUUAUCCUGUCAUAUCCCUUAGUAAUCCACUUAUAUAUUCCUAGACAGUGUUCCACCCUUAAUCUCGAUUUUCUAUCGAUGGGUGCUAAACAAUGGUUUCCGUGUUUACAGAAAGGGAACACGGAUGAAGAGAGGGAAGUCCUUUUUCCAUUUCAGUAUUUCUUUUUUUAUCUAGUCCACGGGAGGGUUGUAUAUGUUUUUCAAUUGAAAUUCACAUUUUUCUCAUUUUUUUAAAAGUUGUUUAUAAUAUCUCAACAUGUGCCCGAUUGCACCCUGCAUCUCCGUGCUCCGCUGGGCACGAAAUAUCAAGUGUGCCUAUAGGCUAUUUAGUGUGGUCUAAAACAAACAAUCUAUAGCCUGUAGGCUUUGGGUUGGUUCAAUUUGCUUGAACUGUCACUACGUUAAGAAAAGGUCUUUACUGAAUGUCAUCUGCCCCCAAAACAUUGGUGAACAGUUUAAGUGUUAGGCAGGGUCAAACCUUUUCAUUUCGGAGGGUUCAAAGUUCCUUCAAGCACACUUUAUUAUAAAUAAUAUUUGCUAUGCCAUGAGAGAUUUAAUGUAGCAAGGACUGUGAACGUUUAACCAGUGGAAAAUAUUUUUGUUGUCCCUAGUUCGGUCCUGUGCUCAUUACUCUGACGUGUGCACAACAUGAGAAUUUCAGAUAAGAAAAGGUGGGGAAAAUGUCAAAGGGACUGUUCCACUCCUAGCAAGAUUCAUAGAGUUGAAAUACUCUUAUGAGUGUUACUUUGCUCACUGACUAACAUUUAUUUAGAAUGCUUUAUAGAGAAACAAACAAAACCAUAACACUGUUGCUUAUCAGACUCAACGGGCAUUUGAGGAAUAACCUAGUGCUUUCUACAUUGAUCAAUAGACAAGACGGGUUUAUUUUAACAGUAAAUUAUCUUUAUCGUCUUGGCAUUAAGAACUGAAAUAUGCUGCUUUUGUUUGGUGGGGAAAAUCUUUACUGAAAUUGUGGCAUUGUGUCCUCUACAUUUAUUGGACUGAGGUCACUGUAAGGAAAGAUGGGCAUUGUUUCAGAUAUUAUGCCUUAAAAUAAGUUAAUUUCAUAGUUACGUUAUCAGGGAUAAAAAAAAUGUGUGUGCAACAAUAUGCCAUUAUUGACUGAAAUAGUAUGGGUCACAAUUCCCAUAAAACCAUAAAACCACAAUUCCCACAAAACAUGAAAAGCGGUUGUUUGCAUUUUUACACCAUUAUUUCUAUGGGUAGUUUCUAGAACUAAUUCAAAAAAAGAGUCUGUGUUUCAAGUUCCCCUCUGUGCUUUGUUUACUGUAAAUACAUAUAGGGCAAGUUGAAUUUAUGAAUAUAUUCACCUGUAUUUAGCCAAUUAUGUUUUUGUAGAGUGAAAUGAUGCAUACAUAUUCACAAACGUCACCUUGUCCUGAAGAUAUUUACAUAGUUAUCAAAUACGGAGUCAGCAUAAGCUUAAACGUAACACAGACCUUAUUUGAAGUGAAUCUGAAAUUGAAUGGUGAAAUGCAAAAAGAACCAGCUUCGCAUUUCAUCGCUAGGUUGCUGGGGAUAAGACAGGUGGACUAUUUCAGUAAAUGGUUAGCUAUGCCUAUAUUCCAAUAGAAAGAAUGUUAUUUCUGUCUGCAGGCUCAAAUCAAUAUAUUUUGCAGUGUGCUUAACUAGUAGAUUUGUAGUAACCAUAUACUACAAUCAAGGAAAUUACAUAAACAAGUUGAAUCCCGUCUGUCCUUUACCCUGACUGUCAAUGUACAGUUUCACUACUUCAGUAAAGCAUAACCAUAACUAUGGACAGGGAUCUUGUUAAUUAAAUUUCUUUUUUUGUCAUUUCCAGAAUUAAGGACCUUUGUCUAGGUGCCAUAUGCUACCAGUUGCCUACUGUUUCAUGGGUUUGAAUAGAGACCUUUUUACGACUCCGUGGAGAAGAAUGAUAUAGUGUGUCCAGAAUGGCUCCCUGUAUAUUGUGUUGUAGGGGUGCCAUUUGUUUCAAAUCAUUCAAUUUUGCUCAUAUUAAUCUGACAACCAUUUGUUUUCAAUUUCUGUUUCUGUGGACUAAAGUCAAUAAUAAUGUUCUUCUGGAGAAAAAACUAAUGUCUGGCUGGCUUUUCCAGGUUUGGCUCAGUGAGCAUGAUGCAAUGAUUCCUGGCUUCAAAAUGUUUGGUCGACGCGUGCAUAAAAGGAGUCUGCUUUUUAUCACAAAAUCACCAUUAUCUCACAGUGACAAUGAACAGUGGAUGAACAAAAAGAUGAACCAAAUAUGCACAGUGGUCUAAUGACUGAAGGACAACAAAUACAUCAUAGUAAUGAUGGGUGAACUUGGCAUUGCGUGUCACUAUUUGCUAGUGUGAAAUGUGUGUUUCUUCUGGUCAAAGCUUACUACCGUAUGAUCACCCAGUAACGGGAUUAUUUAAAUAUGGUAUGCCUGAACAUUGGAAGGGAUGAGAAUAAGAAAGGGUUUUAUGAAAAUAUAUACGUAUAUUACACUUGAUGGAUGAAAUCAUCUUAUGUAUACUAAGAGGACAGCCUCAGUUAGGCAAAUGCACAAAUAAUACAGUGUGCAGUGUACUUCUGUCAUUGUGCAGCCUAAUUUCCUCAGCAGUGCUAUGCUAACAUUGACAAUCAGCUCUAAUUUCAUAUUUUGUUAUGUUUUGAUGGAAGUAUGUACCUAUAUAUACACCUGUAGAAAUCCAUAGAAAGUGAGACAGUUCCAACAGUAGGGGCCAAAACCUGGUCUAGGAAGCAUUUCAUCUCAACAUAUUUUCUCUGAAGAGGUUUUCAUUGCUGGACUAGAAGGAAUCUCUGUCUAGUCUAACAGCCCUAGAUGAGUCCCGCUCCUAAUCAAGUGUGAUUCUUCAAGGUGUGUCUCCUUGUAUCUCGUUCAUUAUGGAAACUGAAUUCAGAGCACAGAUAAAACUAUUUAAAGUAACUGUCCAGUGAAAAUCUCACUUUUAAAAGUAAUUUUUCUGUUUUCAAAUAGUAUUUGUGGCCUACACGUAAAAUCACGUAAAGUAAUCGCAAAAGAAAAUCUCAAACUAGUCGUUUGAAAAUAAUUGCUCAUUCCCUUUAAGACACCUAAUGAAAUUGCAUUUUUGGGAAGGAAAGCUAUAUCAGUCAUCUUGUUAUUAAUUGUAGAUCAUAUUUCAUAGAAAUCUGGAAACACUAGACAAUUACCUAUAAUGAGGUGUUUGGAUUUUAUUUCUUACAUGUACUCACAAACCUAGCUAAAUCAAUUUUGUUGAAGCAAUUACUUUUUUUUUGAUUGGUCAACAUGUUGAUUUCAUAUUGAUGUUUUCUGAAUUGGGUAGCAUAAUGGAGUGGUAAACUCAAUGCAAGCAAUUUUCUGCUGAAUAUUAAGAUAGGUUUAGACCCAUUUUUCUUCAGUGUUGACAGCUAUCAGUGCAGUACACUUAAACCUCAGGAAAUGGACAUUGUUUUAUCUUUGCAUUUUUUUCUGCAUAAAUUGCCUACUUUUGUUUUUAUUCCACUCAGUAUUUUAUUUUACACAGUUGUUAUACCACACAUUUUUUAUAUUUCUAUAUUUUUUUAAACAUUAUUUUCUAGUUGUAUUAGGAUUUAAUAUAAUAUUUAAUAUUAAUUGAUGGUUCGAAUUUAUAUGUCGAACUUUGAAGAAAAAAUAAAUCUGAAAUCGUACAUCACACAUGACCAUUUAUGUCUCCUGUGUAUUCACCUGUAUUUCAUCAGAAUUUAACAGUUGUUUUUCUGUUCCUCACUUGAAUUAACUAGAUGAGGAAAGUCGUAGAUUUAUUCCCAAUGUAGUUGUGUCAAAUCUUAAUGCAUCGUUAUCGCCCUACCUUUUCUCCUUUACUCCUUCAUUCUUGUUAUGAAAUUACAGUAUAAUAAAUGUAAUUAUGCACA